AUGUACUAUUAUCGCGGACGGAGGGAUGGAUUACACCGUGCUGUUUCCUCGAAAUACACCAUUCUAGGGUUCAUAUCGUCCGGGACAUACGGACGCGUGUAUAAAGCCCAAAGCUUGGAAGAAGACCAGAAGAUACACGCGAUCAAGAAAUUUAAACCAGACAAGGAGGGCGACGUGAUAACUUACACUGGCAUCAGUCAAAGCGCGAUCAGAGAGAUUGCGCUGAACAAGGAGAUCGACCACGAAAAUGUUGUGGCUCUCAAAGAGGUCAUCCUCGAGGACAAGUCCAUUUACAUGGUAUUCGAAUACGCGGAACAUGACUUUUUGCAAGUCAUACACCACCACUCCCAAACCCUCCGACAAACCAUCAGUACUCCAGUGCUAAAAUCCCUAGUAUAUCAACUUUUUAACGGCCUCUUAUACCUUCACUCCUGUCACAUCCUUCACCGCGAUCUCAAACCCGCCAACAUCCUCAUAACAUCCAGCGGAGUAGUCAAGAUUGGUGAUCUUGGUCUCGCUCGGCUCAUAUACCAGCCUCUGCAACCACUCUUCGCAGGAGACAAAGUGGUUGUGACCAUCUGGUACCGCGCUCCUGAAUUGCUCCUAGGAGCAAAACAUUACAACAAAGCCAUCGAUUGUUGGGCUGUAGGCUGCGUUAUGGCAGAACUGGCAAGCUUAAAGCCUAUUUUCAAAGGGGAAGAAGCGAAGCUGGAUUCAAAGAAAAACGUGCCUUUUCAACGCGAUCAGCUGUUGAAGAUCUUUGAGGUUGUAGGUACCCCAGAUGAGCAGGACUGGCCCGGUCUUGCAGAUAUGCCCGAGUACCAAAGCAUGAAACGUCUAGACCACUUCUCAAAUCGCCUAUCUGACUGGUGUCAAUCACGUAUCCGCUCCCAGCUGGGGUACGACCUACUCCGGCAGCUAUUCGCAUACGACCCAGACAACAGGCUCACAGCCCGCGAGGCCCUCCAACAUAAAUGGUUCCAAGAGGACCCCAAGCCAACCUGGAACGCGUUCCAAACCAACACUUCGCAUCAUGGGGGACACGGGCAUAUGGGAGGUCCGUUUGGUCAAUCGCAUUCCAAGCCUGGAAGUUCGGCGAGUUUUGCAAGCCUCAGUGGAGGUGGCCAUUACGGUGGUCAUGCUAGUGGUGGAGCUGGUAAUGGUACUCAUGGACCCAGUAGGAAGAAAGCUCGGCUGGGUUAG